ACAACAUAUCACUGUCCUCUCCCAGCCCUCAUUACACAGCCAUAAAACCACCUAGAGACAAACCCGGAGGCAGAGAAGAUGGCUGGACUGCAGAGAUCUUCAAUGACAUUCAGGAGGUCUGGUUCAUCAGGCUUGGUCUGGGAUGAGAGGCUUAUGUCGGAGGACCAUAGCCAGAUGGAGCCAGAGUUGAAGGAGCUCAAGCACUCCCGCAGCGUUGGGUCUGUUGGCCUGCAGCGCAGGCGAGACGGUGGCGUGGAGCGAGGCAGCCAGGCUUACUCUGCACGGCGUGUAACCCCGACACUGGAUCCGCCUUCACCCAAGGUUCCUGGUUGCAUCUUCUGUGGGAUUUUCAGAAAGACGGGAUCUUCAAGGCCAUCUAAGACCAGAAGGUACUAGAAUGGUAUGUGUGGACGGGGUUAUCAGGUUUUCAGUAUAGAUGUUAGUAGUCGGUCAUAUAGUCGCAGAUUGGAUAAAGUUUGCUAGUAUGUGCUAAAUAAGCUCCUUUGUGUAUUUUCUUUAUUUCUCUAUCUCUUGAUAGUUUGCUGAUGCAACUGUAUUCUUGUAUAAAUCAAUAUAUAUUUGUAACCCGAGGGAGUAUUUCAUGACUUCAAUUAUUUUUAGAAGAUCUUAAUAUUUA